CGUAAAGCGGAAAAUCGCAAGUGGCCAAAAAACUCAGUGCAGUGAUUGAAAUAAAAGGUGCCAAAUGCCAAGCCAGUCGCGGUCUAAACUACUUAAUUAUAUGGUAUUCUGAAAUACACCUAAUGUUCCCCGAUCGCUAAAUUAAUAAAUUUCGGUACUCGCGCGUUUUCUACUCAGUUAAAAGACACAUAGUUAUUCGUGAAUAUUUGUCUAUUGUCGGUAACAGCAAACAAUGCCUGACGGAUGGCUUGGACGGUUUGGGUGUAAAAUGAUUAAGGAUAAAAUGUUUUAAGAGGAGUAUGAUUCUCCUUGGAAUGACUUCACUUAGACGAAUCUUGCAUUCUGUAGAGUUCGAGGUUCUUUAUCGCGACAAAAUCACUUAUAACAAAAGGAAAUGAUUAACACUCUUCCUUUGUGGGUAAUUGUAUCUCUGUGGUGAGUGGACAGCAAAAAAAUCAUGCGCCCACAUACAAAUUGUGUUAAGCAAAACGAAAAACUACUGCAGCAAAUACAAUAAGCGAAGCAUUGGUCACACAUGACAAAAGGGAAACCAAUUGCACAAAUACGUAGUCAGCUGUCCUGCCGCAUCCAAGAGCGGGACCAAUAAAACAUUUGUUACACGGUCGAAGCGAAACAUUAGGACUGAGGCUCGAGUGUAGUUGUGUGUCGGAUACGCUUGUCCUUGCACAUACUAAAUUAUUACUACGGUUGCCACAAAAGUUUAUAUUAAGCAAACAACGAAUCUCACAAACACACACCAGUAAAACAAGGACUCACGACAAUAAUAAGAAUCAUAGCGGAACAGAGCAGGUGGAAGAAGGUAAACGAAACCAAAACAGACACCUGCAUAUGUGGGCAUGGGGAUAAAUAAAAGACUGGAACUAAAAAGACAGCCUCUGAGCGACGGCGAGGUUUAAUAUGUGUUGUGUCUGUAAAUGAGUGUACACGUCUGUUAAAAUUACUGUUCAGGGCAAGCCAAACACCUUUCCUUCAGCGCUUAGCGGUAAGGAAGGAAGCUGGUAUCACAAGUGUUGCGUAUCUCAUGUAUGUAUGUAUAAGUAUUCGAAAUACAAAACAAAAAAAUCAACCACUAAAGCAACUUGAAACAGUUAUCAAAAGCUGCAUGGAUGUCAUGAGCGCCAAGUAGAAAAACAAACGGAAAAUAAAAAGUGGUAAAAUAACGAUUUACUCAAGGGAAUAGUGAAACGCCACUGAGCAGAAACCGCCUACAUUGGCCAUGCAAUCAGGCGACUGGGUGGUAUGAAAUAAAAAUAAAAAAACGACAGCAACUAGCAAUACCAGAAGAAAAGCAAACGGUUAGAGAAAAAGUGCCGGCGGUGUUUUGUUUUAGACUUUAUCUAUCGGCAGGUUUCAAAACGAAUCGGAUCACAUUUAAUCGAAUUUAUAUUGAGUUGCGUGCUUAUAGUUGUUGUUGGCGGACGCCCAAAGCAAUAUCAAAGAAUUUAAUCACUUGCUGACAGCAAUAGAUAGGCAGAUACAAAAUGGCAAUGGAAUGGAUAACAGCGAUGGACAAGCGUCCUUGUGAUCGAAAUUUACGCGAUGCUGAAUUGAUAUCCUGUCGUCUGCGGCGAGUGGAGCCAUUGUGUCGUCUGCCCGGGUCAGCGUUGCAGCAACUGGCCAUGUGCGGCUUUUAUGAGGACUUGGAGAAAGGGGUGACACUAUUCCGUGCUGGCGAACAGGGUCGCUUUUGGUAUGCUGUUCUCGGUGGUUCGCUCGAAGUUCGUUAUCACGCUUCAGAUACUGAUGGCAAGGCGCCAGUAACUCUGUGCAAUCUCGGUGUUGGCGCCACAUUUGGGGAAUCUAUAUUGCAUGAUCUGCCCCGCGACAGCACUGUUGUCACGAAAACCACUUGCGAACUGCUUCGAGUAGAGCAACAGGAUUUUCGCCUUAUUUGGGAGAAGAAUAAGGAAUUGAUGAAUGACAUAAUUACCAGCUGCAAAUUAAAGAAUGGGUUUGGUUCCGGUGUUUCACCAGUCGCUUCAUCACCAACUAAACGCCCUUUAAGUCCCGACCAUCCGAAUCCUGCAUUACCAAUUACAGAGUCACCGAGCGCUACUAUGAACCGCAUGGGAUGGGCUUUGCGUACGCUACUCGUCGCUGAUAGUUCAAGUUGUCUCAAGGAUAGAAAAGUUGCUGGCAAAUUAAUACGCAAGUGCGCACCCGGCACUGAAUUAGUGGACUGGUUGGUAGGUUUUACGUCUAUCGUUCAUACCCGCGCCCAGGCAGCUGGUAUGUGGCAAGUACUGCUCGAAGAAGGAGUGUUAUCGCAUGUGAAUAAAGAGCAACCCUUCAAAGAUAAAUGUUUCUUGUAUCGAUUCCGUGUUGACGAGGACGGCACAGCUGGUGGUUACCCGACCACCGAGGAUAUUAAUGCGGCUAAUGAGCAUAUUCGUGAAUCUCUGAGUACACUUUUCCAACGUGGUCCUGAUGCUACACUACGAAUGAUUUUGCGCAAGCCCUCGCAUGAACGCACCCCCGAGGAACUCGAAUUGAUAUUUGAGGAGCUUCUGCACAUUACUGCUCUUUCGCAUUUGUCAACAAGCAUAAAACGUGAGCUGUCCUCAAUUAUUGUCUUCGAAUCGCAUGCACAGGCCGGAACUAUUCUAUUUAAUCAGGGCGACGAAGGCCGAUCCUGGUAUAUUUUGCUCAAAGGCUCGGUGGAUGUUGUGAUACAUGGCAAAGGCACUGUGGCCACCCUCAAGACUGGUGAUGAUUUUGGUAAACUCGCCUUGAUAAACGACGCACCCAGAGCUGCUACAAUCGUCUUAAAGGAAAACAAUUGUCAUCUGCUUCGUGUUGAUAAAGAGCAUUUCAAUCGUAUUUUGCGCGAUGUGGAGGCGAACACGUUGAGACUACAGGAGCAUGGCAAGGAUGUGUUAGUGCUGGAGCGAGUGGCUAAGCAGCGCGGACAACAUUCGGCAUUUAAAUAUACGGUCAUGUCAGGAACGCCAUCUAAGAUGCUGGAACAUUUGCUCGAGACGCGACUUGGCAACCAAGUGAGCGGUUUGGAUCCCUUUUUGGACGAUUUUUUGCUCACCCACAUUGUUUUCAUGCCGGUUGUGCAACUGGUGGAUGAACUGGCCAAUUAUUUUCAUUGCGAUGCUAAUGACGGAUCGCACACUCCCGAGGAUCGGGAAUAUAUAAUUAAUUUCAAGAAACGCGUUGUGCAGUUCAUGCAAAAAUGGGUGAUGGCCGUGCGGCAUGCCGCCUUUGAUGAACCAAGUGUCUGUGAUUUUAUUGAGGAUUUGGCCGUUGAGAUAGAGGCCGAUACAGAACUGAGUGAGGAAACGAGCAUCAUACACAAUGUGCUUACACAAAUGGCUCGCUACCAGGACGACCGUAACCAAAAUGCCGGACAGAAGUGGAAGCUACCGCCAAAUGGACAACCUAUUUGCUUAUUUAGCGGUAAUGCUACACCAUCGAAAACCGUUAUACGUCCCGAUGAUGACAUUAUCUUCCGAGUGUAUUGUGCCGACCACACCUAUUGCACCUUGCGGUUUCCGUUACAUACCACCGCCGAGCUAAUUAAAGCCUGCGCUGCCGAUAAACUGCAAUUGAAUCGGGGACCUGAAGAUCUAGUAUUGGUAGAGGUCAAAUCGAAUGGAGAACGUUCCGUCUUUAAAGACAACGAUGUCAGCAUUCCCACUGGCCUCAGCCUAAAUGGUCGGCUUUUUGUAUCGGUAAAAGAUCACCUAGACGCUUUGACGCCACUUCCCGAACAAGAAGGUCCCACAGAAGGCAUAGAUAUCGAUUUGGAAAUAUUGAGCACCAAAGAAAUAGCUUACCAAGUAACACUUUUUGACUGGGAUCUUUUCUGGGCAGUGCAUGAGUACGAACUUCUCUACCACACAUUCGGGAGGCACCACUUUGGCAAGAUCACCGCCAAUCUGGAUGUGUUUUUGCGUCGUUUUAACGAAUUGCAAUAUUGGAUUGUGACAGAAAUCGUUUCUACCAGCAGCAUGAGUAAACGUGUCGGUCUCCUGAGGAAAUUCAUAAAGUUAGCAGCCUACUGCAAGGAAUACCAGAACCUGAAUGCUUUCUUCGCUGUCAUUAUGGGUCUUUCAAACAUGGCAGUAUCGCGUCUAUCCCAAACCUGGGACAAGAUUCCUUCAAAAUUCCGAAAACUCUUUCAGGAGUUCGAGGCUCUCAUUGAUCCCAGCCGCAAUCAUCGCGCAUACCGUGUCUUUGUGGGAAAGCUGCAACCUCCUGUAAUUCCGUUUAUGCCGCUUUUGCUCAAGGACAUGACAUUCGCUCACGAAGGAAAUAAAACCAGUUUGGAUGGUCUGGUGAAUUUCGAGAAGAUGCACAUGAUGGCACAGACAAUGCGCACAAUUCGCUUCUGUCGUUCGCGCAGUUUAGGUCUUGAGCCACCGUCACCAAAAAGUGAAGGAGAAGUGCGCUCCUAUAUUAGUUGCCUGAGAGUUAUAGACAAUCAGCGUAUUUUAACGGCUAUGUCACAAAAAAUUGAACCAACUCGUAAAGCCUAAAAUGCAAAACAGUAGAACGCAAAAAAGCCAAAAACUAAUAGCCUGCACAAAAUAUCUACAGAGAAUCAAUGAAUCAGGCAAAAACACCGUCGAUGCAAUGAACUUUUUGCCAAAUUUUUAUAAUCAUCUACUCACAGUUUUAGAUUAAACGUAGGCAUUUGUAUAAAUAUGUAUACCUUAAUUAUUAGUAAUAAUACAAAUACUAUGAAAAUUCUAUCGAUCAUCCAUCAAUUAUUGCCUACUUGUUUGCACUCUUUUUCGGACUUACAUAUAAAUUAAUUAAGUUAAACUUUGCUUUAAUGUUUAUUGUAAGUGUGGUAAUUUCGCAAAAUUUAAUAUUAGUUAAUAUUAUGUUAGCUUAUUUGUUAAACUUUCCGCUGUUAUUAUUAGCAUAACUCGUUAAAUGUACAUAGGUUUGGUAUUUGCCAUAGCCAAUUUUACUGCUUUUUUACCUUUUCUGUUAUUAAACUAUUUGUAUGUAAAUACGAAUUCGCAAAAAUGGGGCGUGCGUUCGUAUAUAUAUCCAUUGUAAUUAUGUAUAUAAUCUCGGAAAUUUUGAGCACAUUAUUAAUUUUUGUUUCACCAGCAAACUUUCAACAAAGCAAAGUAAACUACUUAUAGAUAUGAAUGUACAUAAAAUAGCAUUGUUUUUUAAUAGUUUACCUUUAACAUAGAAGGAAUACCAACACCAAUGAAACUUUAAAUUUUUAAUUCAAAUACUUACUAUUAAAGUUAAGAGGGCUAAACAAAAAUUGUAAUGCUCAGAAUAUUUAAUAGUUCUAAUUUAGCAACUAGCCUUUUCAAUUUAAUAGCAGAAUUAAACUGUCACAGACGUCAUUAAAUUAGUUUGGCGCAUAAAAUGAACUCAUGCACUCCAAGAAUAUGGAAAUCUUUAGGGAAUCUCAAAUAUUUAUGCUUUCGACGGCAACAAAGACUUGGAUUAGAAUUUUAAAUGUUUGUGUAAUGUAGUCAAGCAGUUAAUAAAUAUUAUUAUAUUAUAAAGGAACUGACGUAUCCGAUCUCUCUUUCAAAAUAAACGUAAUAUUAUUACUUUUACAAUAUACAUGUAGAUAUACAUAAAUACAUAUAUGAAUAUUUCGAAGCUUUGAUGGAAACCACCAAAUGACCAAAGUAUACAAAGUUUCAAUGCCUUUUUAUCUAUAAUCUCCCAAGUAGCACACAUUCCAAGAGCUCAAAAUCUAAAAUCUACAGAAAGGCGCACUUCAAAAUAACGGUUUCUUUAAAAUGAACAAACGAAUUUUAUAAGCAAAUUUCCACAUGUUUAGAUUUUUUUUUUUUUUGCACUGACUUGCCUAGACGUGAAGCACCAGAAUCCACAGUUACGUAGAAGGAAACACAAAAUACUAGAAAAUAAAAGCCUUUCAUUACUUUAUCUACAGCAAAUUUCGAAAUUCGUCCAUUUAUAACAGUAUGCAUACUCGUACUACUAUUUGUUUUGAAAAAUUAUACAGAAAUAUAUGAACACAUAUACAGAAAUUUAUAUAAGUAGUAUAUAUUUUCACUACCAAGUUAAGAAUGGUUGAUUAAUUCUAGUAAUGAUGGCGAGUGGCAGGAAUGCGAUUGCAGAAACCUUUAGUAAAAUCGGACAAUAUGUAUGUACAUAGUUAUGCAUUAGGAGCAUUUAUUUUAAAAAUGUAAAUAUUUGCAAACAGAAAAUCAACUCGAAAAUUUCAGAACUCAAAGAUGAAGUUUGGUAUGUACAUAUGCAUACUAUAUAUUGGACUUAGCUCAGCCGAUUUUGCUAAAUGUAUUUGUUGACGAAUAUAGAAAUUUCCCAAAACUUGUAUACCUACUGAGAUUUAAACGUAGAUAUGUACACAUGCAUCCCACUGUUAUGGUUGGGGAUAGUGAAGCUCUAUUUUCACUGUAAAAAUAAAAUCAGUAUAAAAUCGUAAAUGUUUAGAAAUAGAUUUUAAAUGUGAUUAGAUUUGACAAUCUUAAAGUUACGCUCUGAAAUUAUAAUUCUACAUUUUACUAAACACCAAUAAUAUAUAUAUGUACAUGCAUACAUACUAUAAUCAAGGAGAUUCAACAUUAAAUAUAUACAUUAAGAGUACACAUUUUCCAUAAAUGUAAAAAAAAAAAAUUAUUUAUAUGAAUCGACACCAAUUGAAUUGAAUGUCUUAAAACUUCACAAAGCAAUCAUCCCAAUUCAAAAUUUAUAUAAAUUUAAAAGAAUUGCGUUCAGAACUUACAUAGCCCCUCAAAUAAAUUUAGCGCACAUGCAUAUAUACAUUUGUAUGAAAAAAUACAAAUCAUUAUUGCAACAAAAUAAAUAUAUGGCACCCAAUUUGAAAAAUGUGCAUUUCUCAUGAGUGCAAUACAUACUAUAUAUUAUAUGUGUAUGUGUGUAGGUGCAAACAAAAGCAAGUCUCAGUAAAGUUCACUGUAAGAAGAAUAACUCCAAUUAACUAUAAGCAACUAAACCUUAUAGAACUCAAGAAAAUUCAAUAAACAAGAAUAAGCAGAACCCAAAAGCAUAAAGAAAAUCUUUACAGUAAAAUUCAACCGAGCAAUAUUGUAGUUCAACAAUUUUUUAUAGUAACUGUUUGUUCGAUUUACACAGAUUCAAUAUACAUUUAUGUAUGUACUUUUACAAGUAUAAUAAAGUUGUAAGAAUUAUUUAUUUCUUGAAAAGUCAUAUUUAUUAGUCAGAAACAGUGUUAGAAUAAAAAUUCAAAUAAAAAUAAAUGCAU